AACUAGAUCCUAGACAGCAGAGCAAGUCCUAGACUGCACAGUGGGACAGGUGGACAGCAUGAUGGCACUGAAUGCUCAGAUCCGGGUCUUCUGCCUCCUCCUCCUCCUCCUUGCCAGUCUGACCAGUGGCACUGUUCUGCAGCAACAGAUGAGCCACAUUACAGAGCUACAGCCUCGGUACACAGAGGAAGCCAAAGCCAGCAGGACGCUCCUGUUCCAGAGGCGAAGGAAGCGAGAUACCCAUUUCCCCCUCUGCAUGUACUGCUGCAAGUGCUGUAAAAACCGAGGAUGUGGGGUGUGCUGUAUCACAUAGAUCUGCCUCCCCUUGAUCCCCCGACCUCACCCCAGCUCCCCACUUAUUUAUUCCUGUCACUCUUCUUGAAAUAAAGUGGCUGACUCUUGUUUUCAAACUA